AUACCAUAAGCAGAUGUUAUAAUCUACCGUCUAGCUCAAGAUUUAUUUAUUGACGAGCGUAGAUCAGCUGACAUUUUCCAAAGCGUCAACAUUUAAAAGGUUAUAAUUUAUACUGCAAUUAUGCAAAAAAAAGAAGAAGUACCGAGAAAUGAAUUGUUAUUUCCAAGUUUUUGUGAUGCGCAUGCUUUUAUUAAAAAGUACAUGGACUCAUGUCAAGAAUUAUUCACCAUAAAAACUUCAAACCUUAUUCCAAUCACUAAACCGUACAGUAAAAUUCUUCGUUACAAAAAAGUUGUUUAUUAUUGUAAAAGAGGUGGUAACGAAUAUAAAACUAAAGGAAAAGGCAUUCGCGAUACCAGAACAUUCAAGAUUGGUUGUACCGCUUCAUUCACACUAAAAUUGACUGCAGAUAAUAAUAACUUGGAAAUAAUUGAAUGUGAUUUAGCUCAUACAAAACAUAAGCCAACAGGGAAUAUGUAUAAAUUAUAUCCGGAAAAUAGAAGAUUAACUCCUGAACAACUUACGGAAGUACACAAAUACAUGAAGUUACACUGUGAAAAAAAAAGAUUGCGUCACCAUAUACUAACGGAAUUUGGAAAAUCUUGUACUUUCAAAGACUUAUCAAACGUUGAAGUAAAACUGAAAAAAAUUAUUGACGACGAUGAUUUAACGCACAUCACCAAGUUUUUGAAAGAAAAAGGAGCAGAUGUAUCAAUUUGUACAGAAGAAAAUGAGUUUAAGGGAUUAUAUUUUUCUACUCCGGACAUGAAAAACUCCAUGAACGCAUGGCCUGAAAUAAUUUUUAUGGAUGGUACCUAUAAGCUACUUAAUAAUAACUUGACACUUGUAGUUGUAGCUGUUGAAGAUUCGAAUGGCUCAACCAAUAUAGUAGCUAUUGGUUUAUUAGCAUCAGAAAAUAUUUCUACUUUUGAUUGGUUUAUUAAAACUUUUAAAAAAAAUAAUGAAGCAGCAUGCACUCGAAUAAACUCCUUCAUGGCGGAUAAAGAUAAUGUUGAGCGUCAUGUAUUAAGAGAGAACUUCGAAAAUGUUCCUGUAUAUAUAUGUGUGUUUCAUUCAUUACAAGCUGUAAAAAGAGGCUUGAAAGGUAAAGGAUUAUCAGUAAAUGAACAAGAAAGAAUUUACAAUUUGUUUUAUGAUUUAUUAUAUAGCUCAUCUAAAGAAGCUUACACCGAACAGUAUCAAAAAUUUUGUAAAGAAGUGCCUGAAGAAAUAUUGAAGAGUUACUUUAAUAAAUAUUGGUUUAACUGCCAAUCUGAAUGGACUGUAUAUAAUAUGAAGAAAGGAAAUCUGAGUAAUGAAACAAAUAAUCGAGUUGAAUCACUGAACCAAAAAAUGAAACAAAUUAUAGCAAAAAGAAGUUCACCUCCAGUUUUCAUUGAGUCCCUGUUUAUAUUUAUUACAUCUCAUAAUAAUGCGGUCGAUUAUAAAGCAUCGCAAAAUUUUAUGAAAACUAAAACUAAAUAUUUACCAGAUAAUGAUCAAAAUAGUUAUCAAAAUCUACUGACGGAAAAAGGAUUUGAAUUAUUGAUGAAAGAAUGGAGUUGGUACGCAAGAAUAAAAAUUAACAUAAUCAGUGAAGAAAAAGGUUCUUAUACAGAAAGUGGUGUAGAAUUUGAAGUAACUGUAAACGAUUGUCAAUGCAAAGUAAGGUCCUCGUCACUUCUACCAUGUCGGCAUAUUUUGGCAAUCCGGAAAUCUUUGAGUCAACCAUUGUUCGAUGAAGAUCUCUGCAAUACAAGGUGGACUAAGACAUUUUAUCGUAAAGAGCAACGGAUGUUCAAACAAAAAGUAACUACCUCGAUAUCUGAUAUACCUCUAAUUAGUGAAAUAAAUUCACGAGAUAUCAUCGCAGAAGACAGCAUUCAUUUAAUAAAAUCAUAUAUGAGUGAAAUAGUAACAAUUACAAAAGAAUCUACUGAUAAAACUUUCCAACUUACUCAAAAAGAUAUUGAUAAGCAAUUUAGUCAACUCACAAUUGAUAAUAAAAGAAUUAUUUCAAGCGUACCGAAGAAAAGAAAAGUUGUUGAAUUAGCAACAAAUGACAUCAUUAACUAA